CCUCUUUAAGGAGCGUUGUGGUGACGUCACCGGGCCGGCUGCGGCUCCCGCUCGAGCGCAGGCCGCGCCAGACACCGCCGCCGCCGCGAUGCCCUCGGACCGGCCCUUCAAGCAGCGCCGCACCUUCGCGGAUCGUUGUAAAGAAGUACAGCAGAUUCGAGAGCAGCAUCCAAACAAAAUCCCCGUCAUCAUUGAACGCUACAAAGGUGAGAAGCAGCUGCCAGUGCUGGACAAAACCAAGUUUCUUGUCCCAGACCAUGUCAACAUGAGUGAAUUGGUCAAAAUAAUCCGGCGUCGCUUGCAGCUGAAUCCUACCCAGGCUUUCUUCCUGCUGGUGAACCAACACAGCAUGGUGAGUGUGUCUACCCCCAUCUCGGAGAUCUAUGAGCAAGAGAAGGACGAGGAUGGCUUCCUCUACAUGGUCUAUGCCUCACAGGAAACAUUUGGCUACUGAGCCCUUGUGAGAGAUGGCAUGCAGAGACGAACAAACUGUGGUGCACAGGCCCCCAGCCUUGGAAGAUGAUGCAGCCAGAGGCUUACAAGAGGAGGGCUGUGCUGGCUCCCUUCAUCAUUACCCGGUCACCAAAAAAGGCUUGUGAUGUGCGUUGGACUUGCACAACCCUUUGCAUCUCUGUGUAGAUUAGUCUCGUUUCUUUCUCAGCCUCGCAGAUGUGCACAUAUACGUACACACACCCAUGCGUGCACACCAGGCCUCAGCUUCCCAUCCUGUUCCCUCAGUGUAACCUUAGCUGCUCUCCAUGUGUUGUGUGUGUAUGUGUGCGUAUUUCUAGCCUACUGCCAAAACAGUUUGACUGGUGAUGAGGAGAGGAGAGGGCAGUGUCGCCUUGGCUUUCAGUGCAGGGAGAGCUGCCUCCUCCUCCAGGACACUAACAAAAGGCAGGAAGUCUGCAAAAACAGCAAACAAAUAUUACCAUUGCUCCUGAGUUCUAAUUGAUUUUAAUUACAUGUGUAUCAAAUUCUUGGUGCUACUGAGUUAGAUGUAGGCGUCUUUAUAGGACUGUGGAUAAUGUAUAUCCUUUAGAUUUAUUUUAUUUUAUUCUUUUUUUUUUUUUUUUGAGGGAUGGAUUGGAAGGGGGAGAUGGGGUGUUCUUUCUUGUAUUCUAUAGGUAAGUAAGACAGGCUUUGUUGCACUUUAAAGCAUAGUAGAUGUGAGAGUGGAAUUUACUCUUAAUUUAUACAUGUUUGCCUUAUAUAGUGCUGCUCCUCUGUUGACAGUUGUGCCUAGAUUGUUUUUUUUUUCUCUUGUUAAUAAAAUUGACUUCCCCCCCUUUCUGUCUCCUCCAUUGCAUGCAAUCUUUUCCUCUCAAUAUGGCAAAGAGUUCACUCAAGGAUGUACUGAUUUAUACUUGCUAUGUUCCCUUUCCUAUUUUUCAUGUGUUGUACUCCCAAAAUGUAUAUGAUAAAAAUUCCAACCAGUUUAAUCUAUACAAAUGUGUAUAUAUAAAUAUAUAUAUAUAUAUAAAUAAAUAUAAAUUCAAGUUGA